AUGGUUUCAGAAACAAUGUCUUGCAGCGUGGCUCUAGCUUCUCCAUCAGAUGCGCUAAUUGAAUACUCCUCCUACAUUCUUGAAGAAAUAAACGAUCUACUAAAAGUAGAAUACAAUAAAAAGGGACGCAAAUAUAGGGUCGUUAAUAACACACUUCAAAGAAUACGACAAGAAGAUAAACACCUCAUUAUAUGUCCUGAACAAUUAGAGCUCAAACUAUCCUUCUAUUCCGCAUUUAUGAUCUUAUACAACAUUGGCAAUGGCGAAAUAUUAACUAGAUAUCCCGAAUUUUGCUGUACUAUUCUAAGUCUAGCUCAAACAUUAGAGGAAAACCACUGGUAUGAAGAAGAGAACUCGAGUGUCUUACAUUUGAAAAACUCCAAAAUUGAUCCACGACAAUUGAUAAAGGAAGAAGCCGAUAAAUUCAUUGAACAAUACCCUUUGACUGAAACCCACACAACUCAAGGUAUAAACCUAUUGAUUUGUUCUAAAUUGAAUUUCUUGCAUACCGAUCAUCAUAUCGGUACAAAGCUAGAGGGCUAUUAUAUGAAGUUCUACAUUGAGAAGUACUUCAACAUUAAUGAUGAAGCAUUAUCUUAUCCGGAUGUUCUAAUUGCUUUAAAAAGUUGUGUUCAUUGGGGGAAUAUCAAAGGUAUUCUAUAUAAGCUUGAAGUGCCUCAUAUCCAAACAACACCUGAACUUAUUGAAAAUUUCAAGAAAUUCCCCGAUCCAAGUCCAGAAUUGAAACAAAGUGUAUAUGAGCGGUACCCCAGCGGUACAUCGAAAUAUUGCCUUUUAAAAAAAUCAAUAGAGACGCUAGCAGAUUCCCCGUAUGCACAAUUAAUUCCUUUCGACCAAACUACGUACCCAAUUGAAUGGCUCUAUAGACUUUGCAAAGAUAUAGAGUCAAAUCCUAUAAAGUACCAUUUACGAUCAAAAGCAAAACAAUUGUCAGAUAUACCGCCAGUGUCACUAGCUGAAUUGACAAUGAAGUACAAUUCAUUAUCGAGUAAAUUGUUUCAAUUCAUAGCACUUGCAGCUAACGUAUUGAUCGACUCAAAAGAUCAUUCAUUUUUGCAAAACUCGAAAAUUCCCAAAUUGAAUCAAGAGCUAAUCAAUGAGAAUGACAAGAUAUAUAAAUAUCUAGUUGAUUUACGGAAAAAAAUCGACAUUUAUGAGACAAAACUGUGGGGUACUGAAGAUAUUGUUGCUCGAUUGCAACAGGAAUAUAAUCAUUCAAGUAGUGACACACUUUUUGCUCAAAUUUCAGAAUUGAGACAAGUGUAUGCAAGACCAAACCAAAGUGUCAUAAGUACGACUUAG